AUAAAUUGCAUUCAACCAAGUGUCCUCAGCUUUGUAGGGUAAUGGAAUCUGAUCAGGUCUGUGAAGUUCAUGGCGGGUCCUACGCACAUUAAUCAGCAUGGAGUUAGGGGAGAGACUAAAGUUCAAAAUGCUCAUCACGAGAUUUUUGAGAGUGUUUUGGGUGGAUUCAUCAAGCAAGACAUUUAGGAAAAACAAAGAACGACUCUUAGCUCAGCGCAGGACUGAACAGUCUAAACUCAGAGUGAAGCAUUCUGAGCUGGUUUUUCGUGGUCCUGCACCUCCAAAGCCCCUCACUACUCCUGAAGUAGCCAGUGAAUUUGAUUCAGAGCAUCCCUUCUUCAAAGUGGUGACACAGCAAGAUCAUGAGAGUAAAGUGGACUUUCCUGGUCAAUUUGCAUGGCAACAUAUUCAAGAAAACAAGGAAAUAGCAACUCUUAGGUUUUCAUACAGAUCGGGGCCGGUGAAGCUCUUAAGCUCUAUGCAUGAAAUCCAGGUGUUCUUCGCUGCUGGUUGGCCCGUAUUUGCAAAACUCAUUUGUGUAUGGGAGAUAUCUGUGUUUGAGCUCAUUGGUACGUCUCCAUUUUCAUUAGUACCAGUAAGGAGCCGAUUUGCAGCAUCAUAUAAAUCCAGGAUUCCUAAUUAUGCCUCCUUCGCUCAGUAGUUGCGACUCAAUGAAAAGUGGGAUUGAACUGUCCACACGAAGAGCGAGCCAUUCUGAGCUGGAUUUUCAUGGUCCUACACUUUCAAGGCCUCUCACAUCUCCUAAAUUGGCCAGCGAUAUUGAUUCAGAGCAUCCCUUUUUCAAGCCAGUGUUCCCGUGAUGUCAUACCAAUAGCCUGCUAAGAUCUGGAGCUUACAUCAUCACUGAUAUAUCUCAUGUUCAAUAUGACAAUUUUCAUGUUUUGGCUGUUCAAAACAUGUACAUGUCCAGGGUCUUCUGGUUGGAUUCGGCAGGCAACAUAUUCUGGAAAACAAACAACUAUCAACUCUUCGGUAUUCAGUUAGAUUGUGGCCAGUGAAUUAGGGCCAUGGACAAGCCAGAGGAACCCUUUACAUGUACUUCUCCACCCAUUGGGGGGCAUUGGCUGUCGAAACUCAUCUGUGUGCAGCAAAUGUCUGCAUGUUUGAGCUCAUUGAUUGGGAUGAUGCUGCAUUCAAAGUCCCCACUUUGAGUGGUGCCUGUAAUGUCCCGAUUCGCAUUGAUUGAGUUGAACAUUGGAAGCAUUACUUUAGGCCGUUGCAGCUUGGAUAUUAAUUCAAGAUUUGUAAAUAUGCCUGUUUGAUUGAGUAGCGCCGCAGUGAAGCAAUGAAAAGCACUCAGUUUCUGCGUU